CUGUUUUUUAUUAAUAUCAAAAACACUAAAGGAGAGAAGAUUUUAAUAGCAUCCAACCAAUGCGGACGAUCUUCAAGACUGCAAAACAUGGAAAAAAUGGCUGAUAUUCUUACAGAGGGGGGACAUUCCGUCACCAUGUUGACAAACAAUAAAUUAGGAAAGCCAAGGUUUGAAUCACCACAUAUCAAAACAUUUGAGUAUCCAUUACCUAAUGAUUUUAUGCCAUGUGAUCACCCCAAGAUUGUUGAAAAAAUUCUUGAUGCUUCAGUAUUCACUCUAAUGGAGAUAAUAUCCAAUUACUCACGAGAUAUCACAAAUGGCCUAAUGAAGAGCAAUCAAUUAGCAACAAUCAAGAGGCAAAACUAUGAUUUACUCAUUGUCGAUUAUGUUGAUAGAAUAUUAGCAACUGUCACAACUGGAGUAUUAGAUAUACCAACUAUAUUGUAUGCGAAUGAAGGGACUUAUACACCUAUUAUAACUGGCUUUGUCAGCCACCCUGUCCCGUGGUCAUUUGUUCCCAAUACAUUUACAACGUUCUCAGAUAAAAUGACAUUCAUGGAAAGGAUGCUUAAUUCAGCAGCCCAUUUUGCAAAUGCACUUGCUAUAUAUCCUGAUAUGGGAGAGCUAAAGAGACUGAAUGAAGAGCAUAGGUUGAAUAUCUCCAUUGAUCGGCAGAGAGUAGAUCUCAUAAUAAGUAACAGUCAUAUUGCAUUGGAAUACCCAAGACCUCUCAUGCCCAACCAUGUAUACAUUGGUGGUUAUACACUUGAACCACCAAAGCCUCUUCCUAAAAAUAUCAAUGACAUACUAGCUGACUCACAAUUUAAUGAUAUUAUCAUUGUAAGCUUUGGUUCAUUUGUUAAAGAUUUGAUGAAUCCUGAAAAAUAUGAAAUUCUUGCUGAAGCAUUUGCAAAACUCCCAUAUACCAUACUAUGGAAACACACUGAGAACCCACCUGCUAACCUCGGAGAGAACACCCAUUUAAUAACAUGGCUACCUCAGAAAGAUUUACUGGGAUAUUCAAAAACAUGCCUCUUUGUGACACAUUGUGGAAGGAGCUCAUUCUUGGAGACAAUUUAUCAUGGUGUACCAGUUAUUGCCUUGCCAUUAUCGUUUGACCAGCCUAAAAAUGCAAAUCUAUUGAGCAACCAUUUACAAAUGGGAGUUACAUUGGAUAUUAACACUCUUGUGGCCGAUGAACUUGAGCAAGCUAUUCUAAAUGUACUUUCUGAUCCAAAAUAUACAGAAAAUGCAAGGAAAGCAAGUGAUUUGUUCAAAGACAAUCCUGUGUCUCCAAGAGAAACAUUGCUGUACUGGGUGAAUUAUGUUAUUAAACAUGAUGGAGCUGAUCAUUUGAAAUCCCAGGGAAUAAAGAAUCUCUCAUGGUAUCAGUAUUUCUUGUUGGAUAUCAUUGGACUUGUAAUUCUGACUUUGGUUAUACUUGCUGUUGUAUGUUUCUAUUCCUGUCGAUUCAUGAUAAGAUGCUUCAAGUCAUGGCAUAAAAGGAAACAAGAUUAAUGAUAAGCUUUUUGAAUGGAAUAACAUGCAUUGUCAGUGCAGGAAUUUAACUAAAUAACUGUGACGAGAAAACUGAAUUUUGAU